GUGUUCACUUUGAUACAUCGAGCUCAAGCCUGGUGAACGAAAUCACCACCGCCAUCAAAGUGUACGCGUACGGCGUAGAAGACUUCACCAACGAUCCGACGAAUUCCAGACGCUCCCUAAACACGCAACUCUCCUGCGAGGGAGCAGGAGCAGCGCGAUGGGACACAGGCGACCGCUUCUUCCGCUAUCUCAGGAAUGUCAGCGUCGAAGCGGAUCAGGGUCGACCCAACCUGGAAUUCACUCCAGACGGUGUGCUGCGCGCCGCAGAACUGAAAAUCAUGAAUCUCAGGCCAGGGCUCAGCAAACAGCUCGUUUGGGAAGAGAUCGGCGUAUGGAAAUCGUGGCAGAAAGAGGGUUUGGAUAUAAAGGACAUCGUGUGGCCGGGAAAUAGCCACACACCACCCCAGGGAGUGCCCGAGAAGUUCCACUUGAAAAUAACGUAUUUGGAAGAGCCUCCGUACAUCAACUUGGCCCCUCCGGACCCCAUCACCGGAAAAUGUUCCAUGGACAGGGGCGUGCUCUGCAGGGUGGCCAGCGAUGCCGAUAUUACUGAGUGA